UUGACAAGAACAGCCCAAAUUCCCCGUCUCCACCCAGGGCCGGGGCGAUCUCAUUUUAAUCCCACGCGAUCCGAUCGACCAAGCUGCUCAUGAACAUACGGAAUCGCCGCCGCCGCCGCCGCGUCUCAUGGCCAACCACGGGGAUCUCUCCCCGCCGACCGACAGCCGCUCCCAGCAGCAGCCGAUUCCAGUCUUGUACCAGUCACGGUACGCCAAAACACCUGAGGGCACUCCGCUUUCCUUUGUGCUCCACUACACGCCACUUCCUCCAAGUACUGCCACUCCUCCGAGCCCCGUGCACGAAGAUGGAGCCACAAGGGUGCUCUGUUUGACCCGCAUGUUUUCACCCGAUCGGCUCGCGGACGAUGUGUAUUACCGCAACUUCUGCUGGUGGAUGACGGUAGAAGUGCGGAGACACGGUGGUAAACUGGUGAGAGCCGUGGGCCCACGGCCUGACCCCAGCGGUGCUCCGGUCCCCGGAGUUGGCAAGGUGUUUCUCGAGUACGCGGAUCUCGACAGCUCAACACAUUCAAAGACGAUGUUGCACUUGACGUGGUUUCGCGGGAGGCAGGUGAUUGCCGUGUUCUACCCUGAGGACAAGUUUGCUGAUGGCAACUACGACGGAUAAAACGUGAUUAUUCCCCUGUGUGUGGCUUUUACGCUCGAUAUGCUGUCAAUGACAUUGAGCUAUGGGCUCGCCGGUUUUGCUGUCCUCACCGCAGUAAUGUUGCUUGGAACCAUGGGUCAGCCGCACCUAUACUCGGUGCCGUACAUCGGCUCACAUCAUGUUCGGGGAUUUGUGCCUAACGCCCAUAAUAUUUUAUGACAAGAAUCAUCAACCAUUGUUUAAUAGCCCUAGUGUUCCUAAUAAACCUACUGCAUGGAGAGUGCCAUAAGGAAUAAAAUAGAAACUUUGCAUCA